UUCAACAUGUUCAAAGAAACGAAAGUGUACUACGAACGAUUUACGUUCACCACCAUCGAAUUGAGUGUACUUUUUACAAACAUUACGUCGAGCUCAAACAAGCUAACUUUCGACGCGUUUGAUCGUAAAAUUGCAUCAAACGAUCUCAUUGAGCGUUCGAAUGAAUCGUACUACCGGAACGGAAGCAUCGAGCAGCAGCAGCAGCAGGAGCAGGAACCGUACAAUACCGUUCUGUUCGAGUACGAGGUACGGGAUUCGUUAUGGAUUGUAGUGCCGAUAAGUGUCAUCUAUGUCGCUAUUUUCCUAAUUGGAGUGCUUGGCAAUGUGAUAACCUGUGCCGUGAUUUCAAGAAACAAAUCAAUGCACACAGCAACUAACUACUAUCUGUUUAGCUUAGCUAUCUCUGAUUUACUGCUUCUGCUAUCGGGAGUGCCCCAGGAAAUCUAUUUCGUGUGGUACCGAUUUCCGUACCCUUUCGACAAUUGCAUGUGCAUGCUGCAAGGAUUCGCCGCCGAAACUUCAGCCAACGCAACGGUGCUAACCAUCACGGCAUUUACGGUGGAGAGAUAUUUUGCAAUCUGCAAACCAUUCAUAUCACAUACAAUGUCAAAAUUAUCCAGAGCAAUACGACUUAUUCUGGCAAUAUGGAUGAUAGCAAUGUGCCUGGCAAUACCACAGGCAAUGGCAUUACAAAUUGACGAAGAGUUUAGCACCUGCACCGUUCGUCGUGACCAGCAGCAGCACGUGUUCACCUUGUCAACCGUUAUUGUAUUCGUAUUCCCCAUGUGCGUAUUGACCAUUCUAUACAUUUUGAUCGGAUUGCAACUUCACCGUUCGAAAGUUUGGAUACGAAGAACGAAACAGGGCAGUAGCGUCCGUUUGAAGCAAAGUAUUUUCAAGAGAAACUCUCAGCAGACCAUCGUUAGCGUCAACUAUCAGCAGGAUUCACCGCAGCAUUACAGUGAAACGAUGCUUACAUCUGCUAUGCAGCUGCCUCCCGAGCAGCCGCAGCUAUCACUACGCAUCGGUAACAACGAUAGCAGCAGACGAGACACAGCAAGUACAGCUACUAAUUCCGGUCGAAGGGUAUGCUCUCGAGUAAAGCGUACAAACUCUGCUCAGUCCGCAGAUGGCCGAAUUAAUUACUCCAACAAAGCACAAUACCACAGCAGCCGGCGUGUGGUGAAAAUGCUCGUUGCUGUUGUGAUUGCUUUUUUCCUCUGUUGGGCUCCCUUCCACGCGCAGCGACUUUUUGCUGUGUACGGCAAUGAUCAAAACCAUAACGAAGCAAUACGUAAAGCAUAUGAAAUUUUAACAUACAUAUCCGGUAUAUUGUACUUUGUUUCAACCUGUAUCAACCCGGUACUAUACAACAUCAUGAGCCACAGGUUCCGGCAGGCUUUCAAGGAAUGUCUCAUUGCGCUUAGAUUCUAAUUCUGUACGGC